CUUUAAACUGUCAUAUGAAACAAUAAUAAAAGACAGGACCGUUCUGUCACAACCCUGGACAAAUAAUGCAUUUUAACGGCUGAAUGAGAGUGUGAGUGACGGAGCUGCAGAUGUGAUGGAGGACUUCAGGAGGUCGUACCUGCGGCUGUGUAAGGAGGGAGGAAUAGACACUCAGGAAUCAGUGCUGGCUCAGCUGCACGACACCAGGACAGUGACGGGCAGCAGUCGGCUGGAUCUAAGCGGUCAGAGCAUCACUGUGGACACAUGCAGCGUGCUGGCCAGAGUCCUGCAGAACGACACAGUCUUCACUGAGAUCAUCCUCAGCGACUGCAUGCUCAGUGAGGAAGGUGUUAAAAUGCUACUAAAUGGCCUUUGCUCCAACACCACAGUGAAAGUUUUAGAUCUGAAGGGCAACAAUAUGAGAGGAACAGGAGCUGAAGCUUUGGGACAGUUAUUAGUGAGGAACAAGGUGCUGCGCAGGCUGGUGCUGGAGUGGAAUGCUCUGGGAAUGUGGGAGGAAGGAUUUGCUGUAUUUUGUGAAGGUCUGGCCUCCAGCACCUCUCUCACCCAGCUUGACCUGCGUAAUAAUCAAAUCAACCACCAGGGAGCAGCUGAGCUCUGCGUAGCGCUGAAGAGGAACUCAAAUCUACAAGAGCUGGAUCUUCGGUGGAACAACAUGGGUCUGCUGGGCGGCCGAUCUCUGCUGGAGGCUAUGCAGCAGAACCGCACACUCACCAAACUGGAGCUGGCUGGAAACAACAUACCCAGCGACACACUCAGAGCCAUUGAACAGUCCAUGAAUCACAAUGUCGACAGGCAGUCCACACUUCGAGAGAGCAAAAGCAGAACUCAAGUGCUCAGCAAAGAGAUCCAGCUUUUAAAGGAUGAGAAAAGCCGACAGUAUCUCAGUCUGAUGGAGACCAUUGACAGACAGCAAGGCGAGAUGGGAAGAAGCAGCAGAAAUUCCUCCAUACGUCUGGGGCAGUUGCAGGAGGCGCUGAACGAGCAGAAAUCAUCAGUCAAUUCUCUCACAGCCAAACUGCAGAUGACGGAGGCGGCUCUCGCUCUGUCCGAGCAGAAGACUCAUGAUCUGGCGGAUCUGCUGACUCGAGUGAAAAUGGAAAAAAAUGAACUCCGAGAACGGCAGUCCAGAGAGAUCAAGAAAGAGCAUGAGGAUAAUGCUGUGAGGGAAGCGAAACGCUUGAAGGAGGUAAACAGUUUGUCAGAGAAGAACCUCCAGCUCAGAAGCAAGCUGGAAGAGACUGAACGCAGAUGUAAAACUCAACAGGAUCAGAUCUUUGAGCUGAAGCAGGAGCUCACAAACACCACCGCUGAACUGAAGCUGAGACUCGCUCAGACUGAAGAACGACUGGAAAUGGAGAAGAGAAGAGCAAAGCAGGCACUUGAAGACAUGGAUGGUUUAAGACAGAAAGAGGUUGACCAUCUGACAAGACACCAGGAAGAAAGUGAAAGAGCUCUUCAGGAACGCAUCCUCAAACUGGAGGGACAGCGGAUCCAAUUAGAAGAGGAGCUGAGCAGAGUGAAAGCGAGUCUCGUGACGGAAAGAGCUCAAGCGGAAGAGGAGCUUGGGAAGGUUCGUUCUCAAGUGCGACUGGAGGAGCAGCAGCAUUUGACCAGCCUGGAGGAGAAACUGCGAGCGGUUCGUCAGUCUCGAGACGAGUCACAGAAUCACUGCACGCAGCAGAAACAAACUAUCGCAGAGCUGCACGCUAAAGUCAGCCAGCAGAGCAUUGAGAUGGACUCGCUCCGCCGCAGGAUAGAUGAGCUCCAGCAGGAUCUUGCAGGUAAGGAGCAGGAGAAAGUGUCAGAGGUGGCGCGAGUGCGAGUGGAGCUGCAGGAGCAGAUCGGACACCUGCAGGCCGAGAGAACGGCACAGGGAGGCCUUAAAGAGAAGAUCGCCGCUCUGGAGAGAGAGAUCAAGGCUCUCAGUGUCGCCCACAGAGAGGCCCUUCUGGACAAAGAGAGUGAGAUGUCGUCUCUGCUGGAGCGCCUGCGCAUUCGGGAAGGAGAGAUCCAGCGCAUACGAGAGGACGAGGCCCAGAGAGCCAGCUUCCUCCAGAACGCCAUCCUCACAUACGUGCAGGGCUCCCCGCUGGCACACUUAAGCCCUAAGAAGUGAACUCGAGUCUAUGCGAUCAUCCAAGGUGCUAUUCAACCAUGCACAAACAAAAAUCUACUGAAUAACGACAUGUUUUUACGCGGCUUUUACAUCUGAGCGGAACGUUUUGAUGAAUCGGAACGCACUUUACAAUAGGGUUUCAUUAGUUAAUGUAUUUACUAACGUGAUCUAAUCGUGAACAAUGUGUGUACAGCAUUUAUUAAUCAUAAUUAAGCAUAUACUAAUGCAUUAUUAACAUUAAAGUGUUAUUAACAUUCAUUAAUGCACUGCGAGUUCACAUGAACUAACGAACAACUGCAUUUUCAUUUAGCACGCAUGAACAAAUACUGUAAUAAAUGUAUCGCUCAUUGUUUGAUCAUGUUAGUAAAUGCAAUAACUUACAUAAAUUAAAACAACCUUAUUGUAAAGGGUUACCCAAAAUUUACACCAAAAUGUCUUACUAUUAAAAUGCAUUCCUGUCCCUUUAAAUGUGUUUAUUUAGUAUAUGGGGGGUUUCUGUGUUAGUAAUUAAUCAGGGAACUCAUUUGAUGAACUUCUCAACUCAUUUUUUUAAUGCUGAAUUUUUCACAUAUCUGUUUUUAAACAAAUGUGCCAUAUUGUCCAUCAGAAUUAUUUGGUUAUGGCACUUGCAAUUGUGUUUUUAAAGGUUUUCUACUUUUGAAAAAAAUGUGUGUGUGUUUACUUCUAUAAAAUAAAACAAAACUGCUAUAAAGAAAUACAUAAUUUUUAUUUUUAUUAUUAGAAUUAAGGGGGGACAUGGUGGCUCAGUGGUUAGCACAGUCACCUCACAGCUAGAAGGUCGCUGGUUCGAGUCCCGGCUGGGUAUUUCUGAGUUUGCACGUUCUCCCCGUGUUGGCGUGGGUUUCCUCCGGUUUCUCUCACAGUCCAAACACAUGCGCUAUUGGUGAAUUGACUGAACUAAAUUGGCCGCAGUGUAUGUGUUAAUGGGUGUUUGCCUGAACUUGGUUGCAGCUGGAAGGGCAUCCGCUGUGUAAAACAUAUGCUGGAUAAGUUGGCGGUUCAUUCCGCUGUGGAGACCCCUGAUUAAUAAAGGGACUAAGCUGGAGGAAAAUGAAUAAAUGAAUUAAUAGAAUUAAACCUAUCAUACAUUGUAAAAAAUGCAGGGUUCCACAUUAUUCCUUCAUGUCGUCUCAACACAAAUCGAUUAAGUUAACUUACGAAUUUGGGUGAAUUGAACAUUGAACAAAUAAAUUGUGCCCACAAAAACGUUCAAAUCAUAUUAAAUAAGUAGUUUAAACAAGAAGCAAGUGAUUUUUUGAGUUUCCUACAUAUACUAUCUUAUUUCCAGUAAUAAAAAAAACUGGACGCCAGACACAUGCAUGAGUUUGAAGAUGUAAUUUGGCCAAAUGUGAACAUCAAAGUAGAAUUACCAGAAAAUCAUGUAACUGAUGCUUCAUUAAUGCAAUAUGAUGCAUUAAAUCUUCUUAGUGCAUAAAUAUGCAGCACUUGUGGCUAGCAUUUUAUCUGUGUCCACCUUGUUUUUGUCAGGCUUUACAAUAAGGCUUAAUGUAUUUACUGAAUUAAUAAUGAGCAAUACUUGUACAUCAUUUAUC